GCUGGAGUUUGUAGGCUGGGAUCAGCGAGCGCUGCUAAGAAAGCUUCAUCUGCAAAUAGGAUGACUAGGAGCUUUUGUGGGGAGCGCUGCGUUAGCCCGCUGCAAGUGGACAGGGUCCCGGGCAGUACAUGGUCAGUUUCUGGACGCCAGAUACAUGUUACUGGAAAGGAUUUAAAACAGUACUGGCUGUGAAAAGUGGAUUUCUACUGGAUUUUUUUUUUUAUCAUUUUGAAGAACAAAAGUUGGCAUUGAAAGCUCGCGGUGCUUUAUGUUACAAAACACACAUACUCUGAAGAUAUCGUUUUUGUACUUAUUUGUAUAUGAAGCGUACCUCAUUCUAACACCCAUGUAGUUUCAAGACGAAGCCGCUGACACGCUCUUACUGGAACUGCCCAAAGACCAAAUCUUAAAUGGAUUACUAACGGGACGGAUACCGCAGCUAGUUCUGCUAACCUUGCUGGCUGCCUUCUCCUCAGCAGAAGAGGUACUGCUUCUACUUCUGAAAGAGCCACAUUAAAUUGAUAAUGCAUCAUGGCUACACAUUCUGCCUAAAUUAUUUAAGGCUAAAGUUAAGAAAUAACAGCGCAAAGAACUAGCUGUGCUACUAUGAGGUCUGAGGCCUUGCUGCUAUAUUUCACACUAGUACAUAUUGCUGGGGCUGGCUUCCCUGAAGACACUGAGCCAAUCAGUAUUGCACAUGGCAACUAUACGAAACAAUAUCCAGCUUUUGUUGGUCACAAGCCGGGAAGAAACAACACACAAAGGCAUAAGCUGGACAUCCAGCUGAUCAUGAUAAUGAACAGGACACUCUACAUUGCUGCUCGGGAUCACAUUUAUACUGUUGAUAUGGACACAUCACACUCUGAUGAAAUAUAUUUUAACAAAAAACUGACAUGGAAAUCAAAACAAGCAGAUGUAGAUACUUGCAGAAUGAAGGGGAAGCACAAGGAUGAAUGUCAUAAUUUCAUCAAAGUGUUACUACAAAAAAAUAACGACACACUUUUUGUGUGUGGGACAAAUGCCUUUAAUCCAGCAUGUAGAACAUAUAAGAUGGAAUCUUUGGAUGUCCUUGAAGAUGGAAUAAGUGGGAUGGCAAGAUGUCCAUAUGAUGCAAAACAUGCUAAUGUUGCAUUAUUUGCUGAUGGAAAGCUUUACUCUGCCACGGUAACAGAUUUCUUAGCAAUCGAUGCUGUCAUUUAUCGGAGCCUUGGAGACAGUCCAACCCUGCGAACAGUCAAACAUGACUCAAAAUGGUUGAAAGAGCCCUAUUUCGUGCAAGCAGUAGAUUAUGGUGACUAUAUCUACUUCUUCUUCCGAGAAAUUGCUGUGGAGUAUAACAGUAUGGGAAAGGUUGUUUUUCCGAGAGUGGCCCGGGUCUGUAAAAAUGACCGUGGUGGAUCACAGAGAGUAUUGGAGAAACAGUGGACAUCCUUUCUCAAAGCUCGUCUCAAUUGCUCUGUUCCUGGAGACUCUCAUUUUUAUUUCAACAUGCUACAGGCAGUGACUAAUGUUAUCCACCUGAAUGGCCGUGAUGUUGUCUUGGCCACGUUCUCAACACCAUAUAACAGCAUACCUGGCUCAGCGGUCUGUGCGUAUGACAUGGCAGAUGUUGCCAAUGCUUUUACCGGAAGAUUCAAAGAGCAGAAAUCCCCUGACUCAACUUGGACGCCAGUCCCGGAAGAGCGUGUGCCGAAACCAAGGCCUGGCUGCUGUGCUGGAUCAGUAUCUCUUGAAAAAUAUAAAAGUUCAAAUGAAUUCCCAGAUGACACACUAAACUUCAUUAAAAUGCACCCUUUAAUGGAUGAAGCCGUGUCAUCUCUGGCCAAUAGGCCAUGGUUUUUGAAGACUAUGGUACGCUACAGACUGACUCGAAUUGCUGUGGAUGAUUCAGCUGGACCUUAUCAGAAUUACACAGUUGUGUUCCUUGGAUCUGAGAAAGGGAUCAUUUUAAAAUUCCUAGCUAAAAUGAGCAGCGGUUUCUUAAAUGACAGCCUCUUCCUGGAGGAGCUGAAUGUCUACAAUCCAGAGAAAUGUAGUAUUGAUGGUGUAGAGGACAAGAGGAUCAUGGGCAUGCAGUUGGACAAACACAGCAGUUCACUUUUUGUGGCUUUUUCCUCUUGCGUGGUGAAGGUGCCUUUGUCAAGAUGUGAAAAGCAUGGAAAGUGCAAAAAGGCAUGCAUUGCAUCCCGGGAUCCCUAUUGUGGCUGGGUGAAGGAUGGAAUAUGCAUGGAUAUCUUGCCCAAUACCAGAUUGACAUUUGAGCAGGACAUAGAGCACGGCAACACAGAUGGGCUGGGUGACUGCCAAAAUUCAUUUGUGGCACUUAAUGACCCUUCUGAUUUCCUAUUUCUCACUACGUCUCACACUCCAGUCAGAUUUGGGCUUGAUCGCAAAGGAGGAGAAACUGAUCAGAAAAAUUCAAUAAUCACUUCUGAUAAAAAAGACCAAUACAUGGCUGUUCCUUCCCAUACUGUCCAGGAUAGCAAUGGAGUGAUCCGGGAAAGCUACCAGAAGGGUCAUGACCAGCUUGUUCCAGUCACUCUUUUGGCAAUAGCAGUUAUCCUUGCAUUUGUUAUGGGAGCUGUCUUCUCCGGAAUUAUUGUGUACUGCAUAUGUGACCACAGAAGGAGGGACAUUGAUAUGAUGCGUCGGAAGGAAAAGGACUCCGUUCACUCAAGGAGAGGUUCGAUGAACAGUGUAACUAAACUGACAGGGCUCUUUGAAACUCAGUCAAAAGAACCGAAGCCGGAAGCAAUUCUUACACCACUGAUGCACAAUGGAAAGAUGGGAACACCAAACGGAACGGCCAAAAUGUUGAUCAAGGCUGAGCAACACCACUUGGACCUCACAGCAUUGCCUACACCAGAGUCCACCCCAACUUUACAGCAGAAGCGGAAGCCAAGCCGAGGGAGUCGAGAAUGGGAACGAAAUCAAAAUCUGAUUAAUGCUUGCACGAAAGACUUGCCUCCAAUGGCCUCUCCAGUGAUUCCAACAGAUCUUCCCCUACGAGCGUCUCCUGGUCAUAUCCCCAGCGUAGUUGUUCUUCCGAUCACACAACAGGCCUAUCAGCAUGAUUACGUUGACCAACCCAACCGAGCUGAACUAAGUCAGAUUUCAAUGGAAGACCCAAAUGCUACUUUGGAAUACAAAGCUAUCAAAGAUCAUAUUAGCAGUAAAAGCCCUUGUCAUGGUAUGAAUUUAGUGGAAAAUGACAACAUUCCACCAAGAGUUCCUCAAAGAGAGGCAUCACUGGGGCCUCUGCCUUCUGUUCCUCAAAUGGGAAAACGUUUAGAUGUCCACUCUUCAGCAUAUGGACAUGAAUACAAGAGAGGCUAUGCUGCUAGUUCACAGCAGAAAAGCCAUCAGAUAUCGACACUGAAAAGACACAACACAAAUUCCUCAAACUCUUCACACCUCUCUAGAAAUCACAGUUUUAACAGAGUGGAAAAUCCACCACCAGCUCCACAAAGAGUAGACUCAAUACAUAUGAAUGCUGCCUCAUCUCAGAUGCAGGCCGUGACUGUAUCCAGACAGCCAAGCCUGAGCUCCUAUGGCUCACUUCCGAGGUCAGCAGUAAAACGCACACCAUCUUUAAAGCCUGAUGUUCCACCAAAACCUUCUUUAGUUCCUCUGUCAGCAAACAUCAAGCCAAAUGAUGCAUGUACAUAAUUACAGUAUAGGGGGGUAAAGGGUAACGCAAGUGACUUCAUUACGUCUCAGUCAGUGUGCAGCGACUGCAACACAAGUCUUUUUGUCCUUUUGUUUUUUGUUUUUUUUUGUUUUGUUUUGUUUUUUUUUACAAAAUGGCUGUUGUUGAGCUCAGGAUGUUUGCUCCUACUGCCUGGGAAAAGUGGAAUAUUUUCUUAUGAAGUCUGUGAAUUAAAAAUGAUAUAAAAAAAGGAGAAAUAAGUCAUCUUCUUCCAGGUGAAAGAAAUGGGCUACAGAGGACAUCUAGGGAACACUUCUGUGACUGGCCAAAAGCACAACAUUUCAUUGAAUGUGCUCUCACUUUUGUACUGUCCUGCUCUCUACCACCAGAGUUUGUUUGCUGCGCUAAAACAGCAUUGACCACAGUGGCUCGGGCCUCUUAAUAAUGGUCUUAACUGUGUGCGGAUAACUGUGAAUUGCCUCUCAGUGUUACAUCAGGUGGUCAUUGAAAACAAGUACUGCUUUGGUCAAGGCUUUGGCCUGCACUUCUGCUACUGUUUUGAUUACAUAAUAACACAUGACUGUUAAUACUAAUAGCUCCCUGUAUUUAUUAUUUAAGUGCUUUAAAAAAGGUUGACUUCUGAGGUUAUGAUCAACACUUUUAAUUCAAUUCAUUAAGCUUGGGAAUUAUUUAAAGUCAAUUAACUGGAGCUAGUCAAUAUCUGUUUUUUUUUUUUUUUAGAGUUUGGGUCCACUAACAUUGUGGAGCUGGGUCCUGGAACUUUGUAAGUGCAUUUUUUGAACAGGGGGGAGAUAUUUAUUUAAUUGUGCCAGGUGGCUGCUGACUGGAUCUGAGAUCUAAAGCAAGCGAGAAAAAAACAAAAAAAAAAACUGAAAAGUCAAAUCUUUAAGAACUACAAAUGGAACUCCUCAACUGCACAUUCAUCACACCAUUGCUAUCAACAUCGAGUAAAAAUGGCGUUUGUCAGUAGUUAACUUUCUGCAAAGGCAUUGGCUUCGUGAUGUGCCACCUCAUUCCGCCUUUGCAUGUACAAAUGCAAAAAAAAAAAAGUCACAAAAAUUAAAGGUGUGAAAUCGUUUAUAUGCCAGCUAUUGAAAUGCAUACAUUCUAGUCUUAUCACACGGGUCCUUAGUUGGAAUACAUCUGUGAAUAGCCUGUUUUACUUCCACAUGUAAAUUUGUGCCUUACACCCUGAGUUGUGCAUAGUUCUUUAGCUGUUCAGUAGGUUUCCUUUUAUUAUUAUUAUUAUUAUUAUUAUUAUUAAUUUUUUUUUACUUGAAAUUAUUUUCCCCUGCUGAAUAAUGCAAAUAAAAAGAAUGUAGAUGUUAUUGUUGUAACCCUGGUCCCUAGAGGUAUUUGGGAUGGUCCCAUAUCCCCUUCUUGUGGUUCAUUUUUAACUGUGCCAACUAUCUGCUUGAACCAACCCUUUUAUGUGCUGGCAGUGUAGACUCAGUGCUGUGGGUGGCAUUUUCUGUAAAUUCUUUAUUGUUAAAACUUUUUUUCACUAUCCAUGCAGGAAAAAAAACAUUUUUUGUUAUGUUUUUAAGGCUUUUAUUAUUAUUAUUGUUAUUAUUAUUAUUAUUGUCAUGUUUUUCAGCUGCUGAAAGCACUGAAAUAUGACACACUUAUUUGAUUGGCUACAAUGCUGGUGAAAAGCACCACAAAAUGUACAGUGUGGAUUAGAAUGAUAAAAGGCAGUGCUUGGCAGGCUGGUUCCUGCACCUAAAUACUGCAAUAAUAAUAAGGGCCGCCAAAAAAAAAUCUUUUGGUCAAAAUGAUUAUUAAUUUUUACUCUCUUGUUGACUUGUUGUAGAAAAGAAUUUUUUAUCUACCAACCUGUACAAUUUUUGCUUUUAUUACUACUCUUGAUUGUUUUCGAUUUUCUUCCCACCCCUUCAAUUGGACAGAAGUGACUGCAAGUCAGGUAGUGUUUUAGAAAUUAGAGAAAUCUAGGCUGACUAAACCAAAGUGUCUAACAAGGGUGCAUGCAUGAACUCCCCAAUUUCUCCAAAAAUGGCUUCCCUAUCAAUUACCUCCUCUUUUCUGGCGGGUCUUCAGUAUAUGUAUGUAUAUAUGUAUGUAUGUAUGUGAGACUUGCACAUUGUCGUCUUUGUGCAAACCGACAGCACGUGAAGUGCAUUUACAGCUGGGCAUUUCUUUAGCUAGUGGGCGGUCACUCUUUCGUUAUUAUGAUGCACUUAAAUAUAAAUUAUGUCACAGAUUGCAACCAGUAUUUGGAUAGUCGUGGUGAUGUUUUUACACAGCCUUAAAACUAUUUUUGAUAAUACAGGAAUUCUCGUUUUGCCACUCUGGGGGGACAUCAUUGUUUAACGUGUUUCCCAGUGAAUUAGCACAAACGCUCCUUGUGAUGCUGAUAGCAUCCGUGUGUAGGCCAUGUGUCCCAUAAGUGUGCCUUUGGCUAUCACCCUUGGUAUACACUGCUAGACACAACCAAGUCAGACUCUGAUUUUAUUUGUAACUUUGUAAAAUAUUGUGAUGUCACAAAGUU